CCCACUGGGCGUGGUCAGAGUGGGCUAAUGGCCCCUGCUCCCAGGGCUGGUGGGUGAGAGCAGUUGCUGGGACCCUCCUGCCCCUCAGCUCCCCACACAGUGUGUCCUCUGUGGGUGUCUGCAGGAGGAAAACUGAAGCCCUCACUCUGGGGGGAUGGCUGGCUCAGGGGAAAGCCCCCAGAACUGAGUGGGGAGGGGGAUUAGGGCUGGAGCAGAGGGCAGCAGGGGUCAGCAUCACUGCACGGGGUGAGCCAUUUCCGUGGUGAGGCCUUUUGGGAAGGAAAUGUUUGCCCAGAGGUGCUGCCUGCAUCCUGCCUGCAGCUGCCUGCACGUGGCCUGGCUUGCCCAGGCUGUGGCUGCUGUGGGGGGAGCAGAGUGCUGCUGGCUCCUACUCCACCUGCACAUCCAUCCCUUGCCCUCAAUCACUGCAGCAUGGAGGGUCCCCCCUCUCUGCUCCCCUUCUCAGCACCACCUCACCUUUGGUGUGGCUGGGGUGGCACUUUGGCCUCACAUGAGGCUGGCCAGGAGCCAAAUGUGGGGAUCCCAACCAUGACCUCCCCAGGAACUGGGACCCCCACAGGAAUCAGCACCCUCCCGAGAGACUGGGGCUCUCCCAGGGAUCAGGAAUUUCUGCAGGGCAGGGGCAGAGUGGGACCAGUAGCUUUUGAUGCCCAUCCGUGCCAGGAGCCCCAUGUCACCUGCGCCCAGGCACGGGCGGUGCCCGUUACCUCUGGGGUGGGGCACUGGCACCUGGCCUCACCCGUGUCCUGACUGGGGAUGGGGGUUUGUGCCUGCUGGGGGGGCCCUGGCACUUGGAGGGAGCUUACUGGGAGGUACUGGGACGUGGUGGGGCCCUGGGCUGGGCCUGCGUAAACGUUUCGGGGGGGUCACCGCUGUUUAUUUGAGUGUAGGGCGAGGCGAUGACCAGCCGCUAAUGAUUAACCCUGGGCUGACCCAGAGGAUGAGGCCCCCCCUGCACGAGGGGCUGGGGGACGCCGUGUCCCCCCCGCGCCCCCCACCAGGUCAGCGGCUCAGCGCAGGGAGCCGGGCAGAUGCUGCUCCCGCCCCUGCCCCAGGAUGCCCGGCUGCUGUCCCGUCCUGUGCCCACCGCGGCUGGCUCUGCCCGUAGCACGGGGACGCUGCCAGCGGCGUCUCCCCGAGCCAGGAAAGCGUGAAGGACCCAACCUGGGGGGCUGAUGCUGCGGGGACCCCAUGGGCACCGUGGCACCUCUGUGCCAAGCGGGGCAGAACGACCCCCCCUGCCUGGAGCCGGCGGCGGGGCGGGGCCUCCGCACCUGCUCCAGGUGCUCUAUAAAGCUCAGGCCGCUGUCGAGCUGCCAGUUCCGGAUCCCUGCAUUGAGGCGUGUGCCGCCAGCUAACGGGAGAGCAGCCGCUGCCGAGCCCCAAGAGGCGCCGGGACACCCCGGACAAGCCCCAUGGCGUUCCCUGUCCUUCUGCUGCUGCUGGUGCUGGGCACAGGUAUCCGUGCCAUGACCACCGAGACAACCAUGGAGAUGGAAACCACGGAAACGACCACCGUGGAGAUGACCACGGAAACCACCACCACCACCUGGCUGCCAAAUAUAUUCCCCAAAAGCACACGGGCCAGCCGGCCCCAAACCUCUGUCUUCCCCUACGCCACCGCGUUCCCUGGCAAAAACACCACGAACUUCCAGUUUGGCAACCACUCCACAAGCAAUGCCACAUCCAAUGGCACUGUGGUGCCUGUCCCCAACAACCCAGCCAUGCCCCAUGCCAAUGCCACCUCAAACAGCAGCAGCUGGGGCCCCCACCUCGGCACCAACGGCAGCUCUGCCGCUCCCACCACCAUGCACGGCAGCACCAAAGGCAACGGGAGCACCAGUGCUCAGGUCUUUCCCACCCAGAUAACGUCUGAGGGCAGCACAGCUUCCACCCAGGGUGGUCCCAACCCCAGCAAAACCUCAGCCCAGCUGCCUGGUCCUGCCCAGCUGCUCGUGCGUGUCCCGCUGUCCUUCCGCAUCAUCAACAGGAGCUUCAACGAGAGCCUGCGUGACCCAGCAUCACGGGAGUACAGGAGCCUGAGCCGCACUGUCCUGACCAUGUUCCAACACGUCUUUGGCUGCGCGGGCUGCAUGGGCACGCAGACCUACACUGGGUGCAGCGAGCUGCAGUACAGCCAAGGCUCGGUGGAGGUCCAGUCCACCCUCGUGUUUGGGAAUGGAAGCGAAGCUGUCACUGCUGAUGCUGUUGAGCAGCGCCUGAGGAAGAGCCUGGACCAGAAUGGCUUCAUCAUGGGCCUGCAGCUGGACAGCAUCCAGAGCUCUGCAGCAGUGAUAUCCCCAGCUGCAGCACCCAUGAUCCCGGACUGGGCCAUCGCUCUGUUGGUCCUGGUCAGCAUCCUGCUGCUGUUCACCAUCUUCACCUGUCUCCUCCUGAUGUCCACCUGCACCUGCCGCCGGAAGAGCCGAGGGAAGCUGGACCUGCUCAGCCAGAAGGAUUCCUACCACCCCAUGGCUGAGUACCUGCAGUACCAGAGCCAUGGGCGCUACGUGUCCCCCAACAGCAAACCCAACCCCUACAGCCAGGUGGCCGGAGGCAGCACCACGAGGGCCGGCACCUUCACCUACACCAACCCCGCCGCCGGCUCCGACAACCUGUGAAGGGAUCGCUGGAAGGAGGGCUGCUGCCCAGGGGAGGGGGCGGCCGCAGCCCCCCACUCCCGGGAGGGCAGCACCGGCCCCAGGCACAUCCCCCGGUGCUGCUCGGCCGUGGGCAGCGGGAGCCCGGUGGUUCUGGAGCAGCCGGAUUCGUGCCCAUGACAGAACUGCAUGGACGGAGAUCGGCGGCGGGGAGGGAGGGAGGGUCCCGCACAGCCCACGGUCCCCGCACUCGCUUGGCUUUCGCAACCCUGCUCCGUGCCGGGGUGGGGUGGAGAACGGGGCUCGGGCUCCCCCUGCAAUUCAAUGGCUCUUUUUGUGGUGUUAUUUUAUAUAAAUAUCUCUGUGUUGCGGGGUGCUGGUGCCAGGCUUGGCUCG